AAGCGAUUCAACCCCCGGGGCCCAAUUCUCUCUCUCUCUCUCCCUUUUUGCUUCCGCGUUGAGAACCCUAAAACUCUCUGUUUCUCUCUCUGUCUAUUUCCGUUGGUUUUCCAUUUUCCAUCUUCGGGUCUGGAGGACCAAUCAAUCAUUGUCAAGGAGGGCAGUGGACGUAUUAUUGGGUUUUUUUUUUGUUUGUUUUAAUAUAGUUUAUAGUGGAACAAUGCGGUGAAGUUGGAAUUUUGGUGACUUUAAUUUGCCGGUAGGAAUUUCAUUGUGGGUUUCUGAUCGGCAGGAGACCGAAACAGAUAUAAACUACAAAAUACAUCGAGAGAGAGAGAGAGAGAGAGAGAGAGAGAGAGAGAGAGAGAGAGAGAGAAUGGCGAAGACGGAGUUGCAAAUGAGCCCCCAGUUGGAGCAGAUCCACGGCGAAAUUCGUGACAACUUUCGAGCUCUCGCAAAUGGCUUUCAAAAGCUGGAUAAGAUCAAAGACUCCAAUAGACAAAGUAAACAGCUGGAGGAACUUGCAGGGAAAAUGAGGGAAUGUAAAAGGUUACUCAAAGAGUUUGAUCGUGAGAUAAAGGAUGAGGAAACAAGAAAUCCUCCUGAGGUUCACAAGCAACUGAAUGAUGAGAAGCAAUCCAUGAUCAAAGAGUUGAAUUCUUAUGUCACCCUGAGGAAAACGUAUAUGAGCAGCCUUGGCAAUAAGAGGGUUGAACUCUUCGACAUGGGAGGAGGCGCUAGUGAUCCUACUGCUGAUGACAACGUUCAAGUUGCAUCAGCAAUGUCGAAUCAGGAGCUUGUUAAUGCUGGGAUGAGGACAAUGGAUGAAACUGAUCAUGCAAUUGAACGCUCCAAACAGGUUGUUGGACAAACGAUUGAAGUUGGAACCCAAACUGCUGUUACAUUGAAGGGUCAAACUGAUCAAAUGGGUCGAAUAGUAAAUGAGCUGGAUACAAUUCAUUUUUCUAUUAAGAAAGCCUCCCAGCUUGUGACGGAGAUUGGUAGGCAGGUGGCAACGGAUAAAUGCAUCAUGCUUUUUCUCUUGCUCAUUGUCUGUGGUGUGAUUGCUAUUAUUAUUGUUAAGAUUGUGAAUCCCAACAACAAAAGCAUCAGGGACAUCCCCGGAUUGGCUCCUCCAGCUCCCACGACAAGGAGACUAUUGUAUCUGAAAAGUCGGGAAAGUUUCUAGUGAAAUUUUCAUCUGAGGUGUGCAGAAGUCACAGUGUGGGAAGAGACAGGAAGGGAAAAGGAAGUAAUUCUAUUUGUGGGCCUCGGUUUUUCACGUCAAAAUCUUUUAUUGCAUGAGAUGUGCAUAUCACCCUUGUGAUUUUCGUUAUGUGUAAAUCGUAUGUGAGGCUUGUUUUUACAUUUGCUCUUUUUGCAUUUUUUUUUUUUUUUGGCGGGGGGGGGGGGGGGGGGGGGGGGCGGGGGCCCUGAGACUGUUCUUUCUGUAAACAUUGUGAGGCUGUUGUAAUGCACAGGAAGAUAGUAAUAUGCUGUGAAUUCUAUUGUGGAACUCAUGAUGGUGUGAACAAAACUCAUUGAAAUAGAAAUUUGUGAUUGAUGAAUGUUA